AUUGAUUCCCAAAUCCCCAUGUAAGGUAUAUACACUGGGAGAGCACCGGCGCUCUCAUCUACCACUUCUGUCUACUCAAUUAACAUCAUGGGUUUUUCUUCUUUUACCAUCAAGACUCUGAAUUUCAUAGUGUUAAUCUUAGACAACCUUCUCUUAGACUUUAUCAAACACCUUCACGCCAUGUUACUCUCUUGUAUUCAUUUACUCAAGAGGGCAUGUUUACAUGAGCAAAACUUGGUUGAAUCUGAAGUUAAAGAUCGGCCAUCGCCGUCGUUGGUGCCGGUCCCGGUCCAUUUCAUCGUGGGACUGGUAAAGGAGCAACUCCCAAUUAUCGAAUACAGUUGCUUACUUGAGAGAUUAGGAGCAUGUAAAAAAGAUGAAGUGUGUGCUGUGUGUUUGGGAUGUAUCAAGGAAAGUGAGGAGGUCAGAGAGCUUUGUGGUUGUGCUCAUGUUUAUCAUAGAGAGUGUCUUGAUGGUUGGAUUGAUGAAGGCCAAAUCACUUGCCCUUUGUGUAGAUCUAAGAUAUUGCCUGAUAAGGGAGAGGACCAACAGUGUGGAGGAGAUUCAUGGAGGAAGGAGAGGAUGAUGUACUUGUUUGGUGAGGAUUAUGUAAUGGGCACCUAAUGAUUUUGGUAUCCAGAAAAAAAAGGGAUCUGACUCCAAGAAACUGUUUCUACGAAUCGAACCCGGACGGUGACGACCACAGCCAACAACAAGAUAAGCAUGGAUUAUAUCAGUUAUGAAAAGCUUUGUUGUUAUACAUCUCUCUGUUUUCAAUAGCAAACUCCUGUAUGAUCUCCAGUGACUGGAAGCAAUUGAACAUGUUUUGGUUGAAUCUGAUUUCAAUCUUAUGCUGGGUUUUUUUUUCAAAGAUUUUUUGAGGCUCAUUAAUGCCUUGAACAAUUUCACAGAAUGCAGAUCUGC